CUCGAGAGUUUGCCUUAUGUACCUGAAGCCAUCUUCAAUAACAUCGAGCGAAAACAAGAUCUGUGUCUUGAAGGGACACGAGAGGCCUUGCUGCAGGAAAUAUACGAAUGGGCGGACAGUGAUCAAGAACAGCCUCUACUUUGGCUGAGUGGAUGGGCAGGAACUGGGAAAUCGACCAUCGGUGUGACUGUGGCCCGGAAAUACGAGGAGAAAGGCCGUCUAGGAGCGUCGUUCCUUUUCAGCAAAGGCAAAGGAAACUCUGAAUCUGCGAUGAAAUUUGUCGCCACUGUCGCAUAUCAACUCGCACAAAAAUCUUCCCUGAUCAAAGAUUCGAUCUGCAAGACGCUUGAGAAAGAUCGAGAUAUCGUGAACAAGUCUCUGUCUGAUCAAUGGCAUCAGUUGAUCUUAAAGCCUAUGUCAGACCUUCCAGAUGAUGAAGGCAAGGCCCCCUAUAUUUUGGUUAUUGAUGCGCUGGACGAGUGCGAAGAAAGCAGAAUCCGUGACAUACAAACAAUACUUUUCGAAAACCAAUCAAAUCACCUGCGAGUUCUCGUCACAAGCAGACCAAAUCUUGAUCCUUCCUUUCAGCCGGCUAGUGGACCGGGAUGCCAGUCUCAUUCCAUUGUGCUGCAUAACAUUGCUACCGACAUUGUUGAACGAGAUAUCCUAAAGUUUCUAGAACAUCAUCUCGCAAAACUAAGACCUGACUGGCCAGGAACAGAACGCAUCAACCGCUUAGUCCAGAUGGCAAGCGGUCUCUUUAUAUGGGCCGCGACUGCUUCUCGAUACGUCACCAGCGGGGGAGGAGCACUCGCUGAGCGAAGGCUUCGAAAGGUGCUCGACAACGAUAUAUGUCCAAACUCACCAGAAGGUUCGCUGGACGACAUUUAUAUCACAGUCCUUCGAGACUCUAUUCCUGCCAAUUGGUCUGAUGAGGAGCGGCGCGUUUGCUGCUACUCUCUGAGACAAUAUCUCGGCAGUAUAGUGGUCCUCUUCGAGCAGAUGUCUCCUCACUCCCUUUAUAAGAUUAUGGAGGUGAAUCCGGAUAAGAAAGCUGAAAUUGAAGUACACGAGCUCUUGAGAAACAUCCGGGCCAUUUUAGACGUCCCAGAAGGUAAAGACGAGAAACGAACAGUAUUUCGGCUGCAUCAUCCCUCGCUUCGGGGCUUUCUCCUCGAUGCAAAUAGAUGCACCGAUAUGGAAUUUCAUGUGGACAAGAAGCAAGCCCACCGGACAUUGCUGGAUGGAUGUCUUCAGCUGUUAUCACAAACUCUCAAACGAGACAUUUGUGGUCUAGAGGCAUCUGGCAUCUUUGACAGAACGCCAGACCAACUUCGAAUCGAGCAUUUGCUUCCUCCAGAGGUUCAGUAUGCAUGUCUUUACUGGGUAAAACACCUCCAGCAGUCUGGCUAUGUGGUUCAAGAAAAUGAUACCAUUUAUCAAUUUAUUAAUGAGCAUUUACUUCAUUGGCUCGAGGCAUUGAACUGGAUGGGAAAAGGCCAUGAUGCACUGGAGGCACUAAGGUGCUUAGAUUCCCUCACUAUACAAAAUAAAAGGUCUGGGGUAUCCAUUCUCAUCAAGAGCUUGAUCCGGUUUACCCAACGCAACCUCGAUAUUCUAACAGAAGCACCUCUUCAACUUUACAGCAGGACCCUUCCAUUUGCGCCACGAAGAAGUCCUGUCUGCAAAAAGGAUAAACGCGACGCAUUGCAUUCAGUCAGAUCCUUGCCCAAGUUCUAUGGCGGCUGGGCCCGGUUCAUACGAAGGAAGAAAAGGAACUGA